AUGUAUCGUGAGCCUAAGUAAUGCUUGUCGUCUUCACUGGAAUUUGUUCUUUCCGCAGCCAGUGUUUUACGUAUUAUCCCAAAGCCAAAUCAAGAAAACUGCACGUGAUACGCAAAUAAUAUAAACUGAGAUUGAUCAUGAAGACCUUUUGCGGAAGAGCUAAUCCAACCACAGGCGCAAUGGAGUGGUUGGAGGAGGACGAGGACUAUGACUACCAUCAGGAAAUUGCAAGGUCACGCUAUGCGGAUAUGCUUCAUGAUAAAGACAGAAACGUGAAAUAUUACCAAGGUAUCCGUGCUGCAGUGAGCAGAGUAAAAGAAAGAGGUGAGAAAGCAAUUGUUUUAGACAUAGGGACCGGCACAGGACUCCUGUCUAUGAUGGCAGCUUCAGCAGGUGCAGAUUUCUGUUAUGCUAUUGAGGUUUUCAAGCCCAUGGCUAAUGCUGCUGUGAAGAUAGUGGAGAAAAAUGGUUUUAGUGACAAGAUCAAGGUAAUCAACAAGCACUCCACUGAAGUUACAGUUGGGCCAGACGGAGACAUGCAAUGUCGUGCAAACAUCCUGGUAACAGAAUUAUUUGAUACAGAGCUGAUAGGAGAAGGGGCUUUACCAACCUAUGAGCAUGCACACGAGCAUCUUGUACAGGAAGGAUGUGAGGCAGUGCCUCAUAGGGCAACAGUGUAUGUCCAGUUAGCGGAAUCCAAAAGAAUGUGGUCCUGGAACAAGCUGUUUCCUGUUCGUGUUGAAGCAGAAGAUGGUGAAAAAGUGAUUGUCUCCCCUUCAGAAAUGGAGAACUGUCCAGGUGUUCCUUCUGUUUGUGAUAUCCAACUGAAUCAGAUGCCUUCAAGUGACUUCACUAUCCUUAGUGAUGUGGUGGUAAUGUUCAGCGUGGAUUUCAGUAAGCCAGUAAGGAGUGCUUCUGCCUACUACAGAGUGCAGCUGGAGCCUGUCAAAUCUGGCAAGGCACAGAUCGUACUUUCCUGGUGGGAUAUGGAUAUGGACCCCUCUGGGAAGAUAAAUUGUACAAUGGCUCCAUACUGGGUAAAACCUACUUCUGCUUUCCAGUGGAGAGAUCACUGGAUGCAAUGCGUGUAUUUCCUUCCAAAUGAGGAGCCAGUUUUCCAGGGUGAGAACGUGUACCUGACUGCCUAUCGUGAUGAGUAUUCCGUGUGGUAUAAGCUCCAGAAAGCCAGAGAAGAAGAGAAUAAAGCAGAUGUUCGUGUCGACAGUCCUGUUUGUAGAUGUCAGGCUCAUCUUCUUUGGAAUAGACCGCGCUUCGGUGAAUUAAAUGAUCAGAACCGAACACGCCAGUACAUCAACUCUUUGACGAAAGUUCUGAAAACAGAUAGCGUUUGUCUCUGCAUCAGCGAUGGCAGUCUGCUGCCUGUGCUGGCUCACUAUCUUGGGGCAAAGCAGGUGUUUACAUUAGAAAACUCUGCUGUGUCCUGUUCUGUCAUGGGAAAAUUCUUAAAAGCAAAUCAUCUUGAAGAUAAAAUUAAAAUAGUAGAAGCACGUCCUGAAUUGCUGACACCUUCUCAUUUGGAAGAUAGAAAAAUUUCAGUUCUUCUUGGAGAGCCAUUUUUUACUACAAGUCUGUUGCCAUGGCAUAACCUGUAUUUUUGGUAUGCCAGAACAGCUGUGAACAAGCAUCUUGCCAGCGAUGCCACUGUCCUACCUCAGUCUGCUUCUCUGCACGUGAUGAUUGUGGAGUUUCAGGACUUAUGGAGAAUCCGGAGUCCAUGCGGCAGCUGUGAAGGUUUUGAUGUCCGGACUAUGGAUGAUAUGAUUAAAAAUUCUCUGAAUUUUAGGGAAUCCAAGGAAGCAGAACCUCACCCUCUGUGGGAAUAUCCUUGCAAGUCACUCUCAGAUCCCCAAGAAGUUUUGAUAUUUGACUUUAGGAGGACUGUACCACAGCACUGUCUCAGCACAGAGGGUUCUGUAAAUCUUUUACGUUUUUUGUGUACAUUCUUAAUUAGUGGGAUCAUAUUUAACAACAUCCAAAGAUGUUACCUAAACUUGUGGAAGCUCCUUUGACACUAACUUCCUGUGCCUGUUUUCGGAUUCACCCUGUCUACCUUCAGAUAACUCACAGGCAGCUAUAGCAUUAAGGGUAGUUUUGUAGGUAAGAUGGCUGUAUUUUAAAAAUAGCAUUUUAUUAGAUUGCUUCCGUUAUUUAGAAUGUAAACAGAUUAACUUACAGUCUAGAGAAGACAAACCAAUGUCUGGAUGGUUUUAGUCUUUCAAUUUGCUCCCUGUUGCUGAGUUCUGGCAGAAACGGCUCCUAUUUAGCCUUGCAAAUUAUUCUGUUUAAUAGCUUUAAAGUGUACGCUAUCCUUCCCUUUAACUGCAGUUAGCUUUUGACAUUUGUCAUAUGUCUUCAGAGAUAUCUUUCACUACAGUCUUAACUACAGACUGUAGUUUAUUCCGUGCAAACUUGAAAUACUAUUAACAAUUAAAAAACAGGGAAAUUUGCCUUUAACUUCUUCUAUAGUUUACGUAAUCUGAACACUGCUAUAAUUAUGCUGUUCCCCUUUGUGAAACCAAAGUCAUGGCCCUUAAGCCCUGGGAGUGCUUGUGUGGUCCAGAUUGCUUGUUUGGAUAAAAUUUAUGGAAAUUUUCUUCCCCCCCCCGCCCCGCACUGUGAGGAUCAUGGGAGAACCCAGAACUAUCUGCAUGGGGUCUCUGUGCCUUGGAACCAGUUGUAUUUACAGGCAACGUGUUAGCAUGACCUCUGCUCCUUGUAACUUGAUGAAGUAAGAUGGGUUACGUGGUAAACAUCUUCUCCCAAAUCCAGAAACAGUGGAAGCUGGGAUAUCUGAAGGAAAUACUCCCCAAAUAUGCUAUAUAAUUUCUUCCAUGUUAUCUUGAGUGCCUGUUAAAUGACUACAGAUCCUAGCAGACUUCGUUGUGACAUCUGCUCCUCCUGUCUUUUUCAGAUUUCAGAUUUGCAAACGCUUAAAAGCUUGCUAACCACUGGCAGAUUUAUUCAACUGCUAAACUUUUUCCAAAGAAACAAAUUACUUAUGCAUUCUUAAACCUCAUGGGGAGUGGGUGCAGUGUUUAAGCUAUCAGUAUUACCUAGAGUUAAC